CCGUAAUUAGCGAUAUUUUCGUAUUUUGCUAAUUUUAUGAGGUUAUAAUACUGAAAUUAAAUAUUUUUAUGUGAAGUUAUGUUUUUAUUUUGAAGCUAAAUAUGGGAAACUUCGGCUUCAUACCGAAAUAUGCGGUUUUUGUAUUAGUUUUGUGUGUAACGGUGUUCACAUGUGACUGUGCUAAAAUAAACACACCGAGAGUGCUUCUGCCGUGGUUUGAUAAUUUGAAAGUGAAUUUCACGUUUGAGAUCAUCGAAGGUGGAUGUUAUACAUGGAGCCUUUCUCGGGAUGACAUCAUUGAUCUUGAUCCUAUUUACGAAGGCUCUUGGGGCCACUGUUCGCGAGCGGCACGUGUUUCUGUUUCUAGAACAUGCGUCCCGCCCGGCUCGGUGAUAAUCCUGGCAGAGGAAGUCAACAGUGGCGAGAUUUUGCGUGGAGACGUGGACAUUGAUGUGAUAAGCUCACUGAAGGUUGUGAGUACUACUUGGAAGCUUUUCUUGGAGGAGGCCCCAGAAGCUUUCGAAGUUGUGGCCUCCGAUGAUCAAGGUAACACAUUCUCAACACUAGAAGGACUAAGUUUUGAAUGGACUAUUGAGAAUAUUGGAAAGAAUUAUGGUGAAGAACCUUUAGUUACGUUAGUAAGAUGGAGAGAUACAGAUUACGAGGCACCAAAGGGUAUAGCAGAACUGGAAGCUCAAGGGCUCAGGUCACAUGCAGUACUCUUGUACGGUCAGGGUAUGGGUGACGCCCGUGUGACAGUGUGUCUCGGAAAGAUUUGUACCCAGUUUGAUCUGACUGUGGUGGCUAGUGUUGUGUUGACACCGGCUAUUGCAUAUAUUUCACAGGGUGAUACCAUAAAUUACAGGGUAGUGAGAGCACGCGCAGGUAGACUAACUGUCCAAGAUGUAGCUGACACAGUUUACAACAUAGCUGUACCAGAUACUGGAAUAGCCCAGUUAUAUGACUCAAUGAGUGUUGUAAAGGGCCUUCAGCUGGGAUCGUCAAGUGUCUAUCUCACAUCAGGAACGACAGAAGUGGCCUCAGCAACGCUCACAGUUGUGACACCACAUUCCAUCAGAGUGUCAAUACGGCCUUCAAACUUGCUUGUGAUCGGUGAGCAGUUCACAAUCCACUGUGUGUUGUAUGAUAAAGACGGACAUCAGCUUACAGCAGGCCAAGAGACGCUAAUAAGACUGACAGUUGAUGGAGAAGCUGUCAUAGACUUGAUAAGGUCGACAGAAAAUGGUACAAUAACAGAGGCAGUGGCGCACAAUUCAGGAGCUUUCACUGUGACUGCACAACUGUAUUCCAUAGCUGGAAAAAUACUGAACAGAAAAGUGGAAGGUGAGACGUCGGGCGUUGUUAUUGACCCCUUGGAAAUUGAUCCACCAGAACUGUACAUAGCCUGGACCAAUAGUGCUCAAGAAGUACAAUUGAAACACCGUGGAGGUGGCUCAGAGCCGGUCACGUGGUCCGAGAGCGAGACGACGCAUAGCGCCUUCUCGCUCACACACAGUGGCUCUCUCACUGUCAGAGGGGAGGGAGCGAUGGAAGUACAAGUGCAUUUGACAAACUACCCCCACGUGAAAGCUGUUGGAAGGGUGGUGAGCGCUGCGCCGUUGUUGGUACAAGUGUCUAGUACGGGGGUCGCGCGCGCGUACCGCCCGCACGCACUACACGUGGCGCUGACCGGCGGCACCGACACCGGCGACCUCUACAACUUUCACACCUGUAACUGCAACUCCUUCACGGUAACACUGAUCGAUGGCCCGGAACCACAGAAUGUGACCGCUGCACCUUGGAUCGAACCUGCUGAUGGUGCGUGCUGCGUGCUCUCACUGAGCUGGGCGGCGCGCGGCGCGUGCUCGCUGCGCGUGUCGCACGGCCGCGCGGGCGACGACGCGCGCGUGCUAAUACGCGCCGCCCCCGCGCUUAUAUGGCCGACGCACGCCGCCAUCUUGGCGCCCGCCACUCUCCCGGUGCUGGCAGAGGGUGAAGCGCUAGUCACACAGUCCAGCGAGCCACGCGUAGCUGAGUUGUCGAGGAGAGAGGGCCCGCCGCCGCAUCGGUACCCCGAAGCACAGCUGUUCACGCUUUCGUGCAAAAAGAAAGGCGAGUCAAACCUGGAUUUAUUGUCUCACGCGGACGGAGAGGCGGAGUCUGUGCGUGUGGAGGCGGCGUGCGCGCCGCACGUGUCGCGCGUGCGCCUCGACCCGCUCCGCCCGCCUGGCGACUGUGCGGCCAACACCAGAUUAUGGCUACGACCGAACCAUGAAGUCAUGGUGAGAGUAACUCUAUUCGACGGUAUAGGCCGCGAGCUGCUAGACGAGUACGGACCCUCGGUAUCGUGGGAGACUACGCCUGCGCACGCCGCCAUCACGUACAAGUCCGCUGACAGACUGUUUGUAGAGACCAACCCAGAGUACUACCCGGUACCUGUACCGCUGUCUUACUAUCAGCUCGUAGAAGCAACGGAUCAGUCAAUCGGUUGGAGCGGUACCUUGAAGGCGUCUAUACCGGACGCCUCUGCCAGUAUACAGGCCAAAGUUGUUGCGCCCUUACGAUGUGAUACGCUCAAAGUCGACAUAGCGUGGCAGGGAGAGAGUAUACCAAACAUCACCAGUGUAGAAGGCGGUAGUGGGCUAUACUCUGUGGAGACGCCCAAAGGUGUCGCAGCAUCUGUUGACGAUGGACUGCUUAAUGUGAUCGUGCCAGCACCGGGGAUGUAUGAUGUGGUCGUCACCGAUAGAUGUGUGAACGGAGAGAGGCAGGUUGUUGAGGUGAACGUAGAAGAAGUGAUAUACGUAGAGGUGCUAACGUCACGCGCGGUGGGCGUGGACAACUGCGUAUCCGCCCGCGUUGCGGCGCGCGGCGCGUCCGGCCGCGUACUGUACGCGUCACGGCCGCAGUGGCGCGUGUCGGGGCCGAUUGCGGCACGCGCGGGCUUACUAUGCGGCGUACGAGAGGGCGUGGCCACUGUCAGCGCGGCGGUCGCGGGUGUGUGGAGCGAGGACGUUGAGGUGCACGUAUUCCCCCCGCUGUCUGUGGAGCCGGCGCGCACGCGUUUGCCGCCCGGCGGGCGCGUGCAGCUGCGUGCGCGCGGCGGCCCGCCUUCGCAUUUAGCUACGUUGACGUACCGAGCGGAGAAGCCGAUACUUGAUGUAUCAUCAAUGGGUAACGUGCACGCGCUGGCAGUGGGCACGGGGCGUCUCAAGUUGAUCGCCACGGAUUUUAACAACGUCGAGCUCGCUAGCACUGAGGCGGAAAUUGAGGUGGUCGAAAUAACGGACAUAACGGUGAUGGCGGCAACGCAUACGUUAUUAGUGGGUCGGCCAGCGCCGUUGUGGGUGGCGGCGGGCGGGCUACGCGCGGGGGCGCUCGGCGCGCUGGCCCCGCCCCCUCGCGUCACGUGGUCAGUGCGUGAUCCGACUGCGGCGCGGCUGUACGUCUCGCAUAUUGAUGAUCAACUGGAGAGAUCUAUCGUGGAGGGGCUCACAGUACGAGUUGUGCCACUGAAGCCUGGGGUCAUUACAAUUGACGUCAGAGUACGCAAUUUGGGACAGAUAUCAGAAAGCAGAUCUUGGGACAGUACGGUCGAGAUUCUCGGCGUGUCCGACAUCAAAACGUCGAUCGAAGGUUCAGCAGGCGACAUAGAUAGCGGUGAACGUUUGGCGCUUGUAGUGGGAGCUUCAGUGCGUUUGAAAUCCCUGCCUCGAGGCAACUGGGUGGCUUACCAAGAUGGUGCCUUCGAGUUGAAGGAGAAUGGUGAAGUGAGAGCCCUAAGACCAGGGUUCGGGAUGAUAGUUGUCAAGCAUAAGGAUGAGAGGAACGAUAUCUAUAGAGAGACGGCUAUUCACGUCGAAGUAUCGGCACUAUCGUACUGCACGGUUGAGGCGAGCGCGGACGAGCGUGCGGGCGCGGACGCCGUGCGUGUCGUGUUGCGGUCUGCGCUCGGGCGGCGCCUGCUCGGCCGCGCCCAUAUCGCCGCGGACACGCCCAUCGUGGCCAUCAAUAGAACUGACCCUGGCGCUGAGCCCAACGAGGUAUUACUGACAGGCGUGGAGGCGGGCGGCGCGUAUGUGCGCGUGACCGCAGCGGCGGGCGGCGCCAGCGUCGCCGACGAGUUGUAUCUGGCCGCUGACGCGCGAACUGACAGAGUACUAGCGGUUGGGGGUUGGGGCGUGUGCGUAGAAGGCGGGGGCUGGCGGGCGCCGGGGGCCGUGGCUCUAGCAGAGGGCGGGGGCGUGACGCUGGCGCUGCUGAGCCGCACGUCGCCGGCGCGACACCAGCUGCGCCGGGAGCGCCCGCCCGCCGCGCUCACUGUGCACCAGGUGUCCAUAGACAAGAUGGAGUUUAUACCUGGUGAAUGGCCGUCUUCCUUCGUCCCGCUGACCAUAGAAGGCGCUUCACUCGCGAACGGACCUCUUCUUUGUUCGGAGGAUCAGAAAUAUGCAUUAGAUGGCGUGCAGAUAGAACUACCGUAUUCUUGUCGAACUAAAGCGCCGCAUACUGCACAACCAGUUUUGGAUAUUCCUAAUAGUCAACUCGGCUGCACGAUCAUACCAGCGACGAAGAUAACAGAAUCAACUGAAGUCGAACUCUGUGCGGAAUGGGACUCACUAAGAACUUGUACGAGAGUUCUUCUACUUCCUCUGAUAUCAGUGACAGAGCAGAAAAUAUCUCUGCUUGAUCCCCAACCAACAUUUAAAGUGCAGGGCCAUCCGCACGCGUUGAAGUUAAUCAAAAUGAGCACAUCCCCAGGAUUGAAAUUGGAAGUGACGAAUAAGAACACCGAAGUGAUUGUAAACGUUAAGGGAGAUUCCGUCACUUGUGGUAUCGGUUGGGUCAAUAUUAUGUCACGAAUGACGUCACAGGAGCUAAGAGUUGAGGUGCAGAGGGAGUGUGACAUCGCUUGUGGAACUUUGCUCGGAGCUAUACUGUCUAUAUUAAAGCCGUAUUUGCCAACUCUUAUGACAAUUGUGGCUGUCGCUGCAGCGUUUUUGUAUGUGCAAAUGAAAUGGCAGCAGAAAGUCCAGAUCCGAAUGCCGAUGGAGCCGCCGUCCCCACAAACGACGCUCAACGGCACGCGUGCACGCACGUGGGCCCGCAGUCCGUACGCAAACGGGCCCGCAACUCCGCCCUCGCCGGUAUACGGUGACACGAGCGUGCUACCCGACUCAAGCUUGUCGCCCAACGUGACAAGAACACGGAACUCGUACUUCCAAUAGACAAGUUCAAAUGUGACAGUUUAUGUGACAAAGUGUUAAAAGUGAAAAAUAACCUCAAUUUUCGUUGAAUAAUGAAAUCGCGUUUGACGCUUUAUUUGAUACGUUUUGAUUGAUCCGAGCUCUAAAAUCAUCAUCAUUACCAAAUAAGGAGCUAGCAUUAGUAGGAUUUUUCUUAUUUAGUUUGUUAAAGCAAAUUGUUAAAUGUUAAAUACGAGAAUUGAGGUUCUGCUAAUAAAAUAGUUUUAAUGUUGACAGUGUUAAUGUUAAAGUGUGAAGUGCUUAGUGACAUCGGUGAUAAAGUACCUCAAUUUAUAUUGAAUAAAGACAUAUUUUUGAAAUACCUGACCAGUUGAAGACUGAGCUGAAAUGAAAGAAUUUGACAUAUACUUAGCCACUUUUGCACAUAUGAGAAUUGAUUUGUGUUUAAGGUUGUAUGGCUGAGGUGAAAUCAAGAGGAAAAGGACGCUUUCUUAUUCUAAGUCUCGAUAGAAGAUCUCAUUUUAUGAUAGUUCAUGAGAUAUAAGCUUAUGGCAGGCUAUGUUGAUAUAGUAAGGCCCACUAACACCAGUCUGGAAUAACUUUAUCCUUAAUUAAAUAUCGUGUCAUGUCUCUCAUCUUUUAAGUGAAAGAAAAGGCAUGAUAUUUUAUAUUAAGUGUCUAAACACACUAAGCCGAAAAAAC